CUUCUGGUACUCAUAUCCACUCGCCAAAUUUCAAAAACAGGGUCGAACCCUGCUUUAUAAAAGCUUCCUCACACUCCACCGUUUUACUCAUAGCAAGACAUCAGGCAGCCACGACGAGAGAUGAAGCCGAUCGACGACAAGAAAGACACGGUGACGAUAAGAGCCGUGAGUCAUGACGAAGAAGGAAGGAAGAGGGUGGAGAAGACGGAGCUGAAUACUCAUAACGUAGACACCGUUAAGUACGUGGAGAAGAAGCUGAUGGACAAGGGGAUACAGCGGAUGGAGCGCCACCCGGCUGAUGGAAUUGGCAUCAGGAAGCCGCCGCCCAGCGGCCGCGGAGGCAAGUACACGUGGGAAGGCCGGGAGAUGGCCGAGAGCGAGAUAGAGGCGGCGCCGGCGGCACUAGACGAGAAGGAUCCUAACUACGUGGACGACGAGCGAGAGGAGAAGGAUGUGGGUGAUUUGGUGGUCGGCGAGGUUGAUGUGGCAAAGGCGGCGGAAGAGGAGGAAGGUGUUGGCAGGCUGGAGGUUGAUCCCCGCUUGAAGCCCAACUAACCAACUUAAAUACCUUGUUUUUACCUUUUACUGCUUCGAGCUGCUUGUGUUUCUGUGUGGUUUGAACUUUGAACUCAUAACUAUCAUCAAUGCAAAUUGUUAAAGUUUCCGAUUUUCUCUCGGGGAAAAUUUUUUAGAGUGCAGUCCUUUGCUGUCCCUGACCUGGUCCUGAAGAGCUAAUGCUGUAAUAAUAAUACAAUUAUGCAACUGAAGCUAAACUUCCUUUUUCUUUUUGGAAAAAAA